AUGGCCGCCUUCGUCAAAGCACUCAACGCUAAGAUUCGGUCGAACCCGACUCUAAGUUACUUCUGUUCGACGCAUUUCUGGGGUCCUGCAUCGAACUUCGGUAUUCCCGUCGCUGCUGUUCUCGAUGCGCAGAAAUCGCCUGACCUAAUUUCCGGUCAAAUGACCCUGGCUCUCUGCAUCUAUUCAGCCACCUUCAUGCGAUACGCCCUCGCCGUGACGCCCAAAAACUACCUCCUCUUCCUAUGCCAUUUUAUCAACGAGGGUUCGCAAUUAACACAGGGUUACCGAUAUCUCCAAUGGCACCAUUGGGGCGGCAAGGAGAAGGCUGGUGUCCUAGGCGCCGUAGAAGGAGCGAAAGAGAAGGCUGCCGCAGCUGGUAAUCAGAUCAAGGAGGUCGCUUCGAAAUAA